CGGGAAACCAGCGAGUUCCAGAAACUUGAGUUUGAACGCCGACAGUUCACCUCCCCACCCCACCAUGACAACACAUUUAUAGAGCCAGCCAGCAACCCUUUCGGUUUCGCUUUCAGCCACCAGGCUAUAAAGUAGGCUAUUGCACGGUGCGUCUGUGUCGUUUUCUUUCAUCAACCGUGCAGCACUCUUGAUUGGAGUUUCUUUUCAAAGAUCCACGUAUUCCUGCCAUAUCAGCAGCCAUGUCUGGUGGUCCUCCCUCCAUGUCGGCGCCCGUGUGCCUGAUCGAGAACACUGAUCGCGGGCUGCAGGCGGUGGACUCGUCCCUGAAGCUGCUCCGGGACAUCCAGCAGCCUGUGGUGGUGGUGGCUGUGGUGGGGCUGUACCGCACCGGCAAGUCCUACCUCAUGAACCGCCUGGCCGGACAGCAGUCAGGCUUUGCUCUGGGCAGCACCAUCGAGUCCAAGACCAAAGGCAUCUGGAUGUGGUGUGUCCCCCAUCCCUCCAAACCAGAUCACACGCUGGUGCUGCUGGACACUGAAGGACUGGGGGACGUCGACAAGGGGGACUCCAAGAAUGACGCCUGGAUCUUCUGCCUGGGUGUGCUGCUCAGUAGCACCCUGGUCUACAACAGCAGAGGCACCAUCGACAACCAGGCUCUGGAGAAACUACACUACGUGACGGAGCUGACCAAUCAGAUUCGCACCAAGUCUGAGGUCACGCGUGACGAGGAUGGUGAGGAGGUGCCCCAGGACACCCAGUUCGUGCAGUACUUCCCGGGCUUCGUGUGGGCCGUGCGCGACUUCACCCUGGACAAGAAGAUUGACGGACGUGACGUCAGUGAUGACGAGUACCUGGACCACUUUGCACUACAGCUCAAGAAAGGACUGACCCAGAAGGUUCUGGAAUACAACCUCCCGCGGCAGUGCAUCCGCAGCUUCUUCCCGACCCGGAAGUGCUUCACGUUCCCAUUCCCGACCUCCUCCGACAAGAUGAAGUGUCUGGACUCCAUGCCGGAGUCUCAGCUCGAGCCCGACUUCCGCCAAGUGGCCGAUCGCUUCUGCACCUACGUGUUCUCCGAGAGCAGGACCAAGACUGUGCAGGGAGGACACAAAGUCACUGGCAGCCGUCUCAGCCAUCUUGUGAAGAUCUACCUGGACACCAUCAGCAGUGGCAACGUUCCGUGUCUGGAGAAUGCUGUGGUUGCCAUGGCGGAGAUCGAGAACCAGUCAGCCAUGACGGAGGGCCUUCGUCAGUAUGAGCUAGGCAUGCAGCCCCUCAAGGCCCAGUUCCCCACGGAUCUCGACAAGCUCUCCGCGGAACACCGUCGCCUCUCCGACGUGGCAACGAAGGAGUUCCUGAAGCGUUCCUUCAAGGACGAGGGAGGCAAAUACAUGGCACAGCUGACGGAGAAGAUAGGUCAGCUGUUUGAUCGUCUGGCCGAUGAGAACAUGCAAGCAUCAGAGGAGCGCUGUCGAAAGAUUCUGUCGGAUCUGUACGCCACGGUCGCCGCCAACAUCAAAAACGGCGCCUACGCCAAGUCAGGAGGGUUCAAGGUCUACAGCGACCACCGAGACGCAGUGGUGGCGCAGUACCGGCAACAUGCCAAUAAGGGCAUGAAGGGAGAGGAGAUGCUUGAGGUGUUCCUGCAGGAGAAGAGUGCUGAGGCCAACUCCAUUCUCAUGGCCGACACGAACCUCACAGACGCCGAGAAGAAGGAGAAAGAGGCGCGAGAGCAGGCUGCGGUGCAGGAGCAGCGAAUCCGUGCGGAGGAGCAACGUCGGCAGGAGCUACAGCAGGCCCUGGAGGAGGAGAAGCGCGCCCAGGAGGAGCGUGUGAGAUGCAUGGAGGAGAAGUUCGCCAAGGAGAAGAGGCAGCAGCAGGAGGAACUGCAGCGGGCGCUCGACAGCAAGCUGGAGGAGCAGCGGCAGAUGAUCGAGAAAGGGUUCAAGGUAGAGCAUGGCAUGUUGAAUUUGCCCCUGUCAAAUUCUGCCUCCAAGUUUACCUCCUCUGGUUUCGGGAUUGUAAAUCUGUUCUCUUCUUUUUACUCCUCGUCAAGGAUCGCGAGGAGGUGUUGAACGAGGAGAUCAAGGAGUUGAAAAGGGAGAAGGAGCAAGUGGCAAAGAGUGCCAAUGACCCCGGAGCCUUUGAGACCUACGUCAAGCCGGCAUUGGAGAUCGGAAAAGACAUCUUCUCCACCUUCAUGCAAUACAGGAUGAUGAAAUAUGCCUGGAAGUAAUGAAAUGUGGAUGGAUGAAGGAAAUGGAUGAAAUUCGCCUGAACAGAGACACAAAACCGAUAGAAACUCAUACAACAGAGAUGCAGACAUACACACACACACACACAAAGGCUUCCAAACCUACGUCAAGCCCAUAGGCUACUGGAAAUUGGUAAAGAACUCUUCUCUACCUUCAUGCAGUACAAAAUGAUAAAACACGCCUGGAAAUAAGAGGCACAAAACAGAGAUGCAAACACACAUACACAAGAAAUCUCCAAGUCUAUACAACUUUACAGAUAAUGCUCGAUAGGGGUGCCCGGGCUGUACCAUUGUGGUCCCGGCAAAAUAUAGAGCACUUAUCAACACCUCUUCGAGAAGGGCAGUUUAGUGUUUUGGUGUUACAAGACCAGAAGAUCAACAGCGUGAGGCCUGCAUAUCAGUUUCAUGUACAGCAAUAUGUAUUUGUAUAGCUCAAUAUCACAACUAUUCAGUUGACUCAAAGUGCUUUCAAAUACACAUAUGCAUGAUGACAUUCGCACAACAGCUAUUCGAGGGAAGGAGCAUCAGGAAGGCAAAAAAGAUCUUGGCUGAUCCUAGUCACCCCAACCAUGAACUGUUUACUAUAUUACCAUCUGGGAAACGGUACAGAAGCCUGAAGUCUCACACUACCAGAUUCCAAAGUAGUUUCUUCCACCAAGUUGUUAGAUUACUGAA